AUGAGCCAGAACAACCUCCAGCUCCCCGCCGCACCGCCGUCGCUCCUCGAGCACCCUCUCGUCGUCUCCCAAGGUCGCGGCCUCGUCGCGUCAGAGCAGCAGUUCAUCCUCAAGGACUACCGCGCGGAGUCCACGGAGCCGCCCGUCGACCUCAACGUCGUCAUCGCCGAGGGCUGGAACGUCGUGGGCGAGUACCCGAACGCCGAGUCGGGCCACCUCGUCGCCUCCAUCCGCCUGCGCCGUGUCGGCUCGCCCGUCCGCUCCGUCGUGAUCCACAACUCCACGCUCGGCGCGAGCGCCGUCAAGGAGCUCUUCCGCGAGCUCAGCGACUUUCACAAGCUCGUCACGCUCAAGUUCGACUCGUUCAAGCUCCUCCUCCCGUCCACCCUCGACCCCAUCCGCGAGCACUGCCUAUUCCAGGGCAAGUUCCCCAAGCUGUCGACGUUCACGCUCAUCGGCAACGAGCAUGCGCCCGUUGGCCUCCUCAACUCGUCCACCUCGCUCAAGGCGGUCACGCUCCUCGGGCCGUUCACGCUCGACGAGUUCGACCUCAAGAACCUCGUCCGCCACCUCCCGUACCUCAAGCACCUCGCCGUGCUCGUCAAGAACGGCGGUCAGGCGUCCGCAACCAUCCUCAACGAGCUUCUGGAGAUCGUCGAGGCCGAGGACGGCUCAGACGCGCCUCACCCUCUCGACUGCCUCGCACUCGACCUCGGCGGCGAGGGCAUCGGCGAGCUCCUCAAGGUCGUCAAGUACUUGCCCGAGCUGCGCCACCUCGUCCUCGUCCACGUCGGCGCCCUCGCCGUCGACGAGCUCAAGCGCCUGCGCGUCGCUUGCCCCGAGCUCGAGACGCUGUUCCUGUUCGUCGGACACGGCGUCACGGCGGUCCCGUGGCCAUUCUCGCGCACCCAGGCGAUGUCGGUCCUGAAGACGUUCAAGAAGCUCCGCAUCCUCGGGUGGGAUAUCGAGCACAUCACCAAGGGCGCCCCGCUCGACGCCCUCGCCGCCGCGACCGCCAUCUUCAAGCGUCUCCGCCACCAGUGCAGCUCGCUCGAGACGGCCUACCUCGUCAACAAGGACGCGACCGACUCGAGCGACGGCAUGAUGUGCGACCUCAGCGGUGGUUCGCAGCUCGCGCUCGUGCCGCGUCGCACGACGAUGAAUGAGGCCGUCACCGCGUUUCUGAGCGUGUAG